AUGACGCGCCAACAUGCGCUUCUGGAAUGGUUCUCUUCUGUCGGGAUCCAAGUGCACCCGGAGCUGUAUUUGGAGCACGAUGCACAGACCGGCUUAUCGUUUUACACAGCCAAGCAGCUUGCUCGGGACACAACUGUGAUGCGUGUUCCCUCGAAUAUCUGCAUCACUUCCAGCAGUGCGUUUGGCUCGAUUCGACGGUUUGUGCAAAGCUGUUCGUGCGACGGCUCGCUCGACUUGGAGGCGCUUCCUCGGGCGGAUUGGAUAUUGCUGUACUUGGUGCUGUGUCGGGUGGCAGCCGAGUAUCUGACAACCACCCAAGAUGUGUGGUUGGAAAGCGUGUUUGCACAUGUUGUCUAUGUCUCACAUAUCCCGUCGGUGAUCGAGACACCGCUUCAUUUCUCGCCGACCGAACUCGAUCUGCUGCGCAAUACUCCGCUGGUUGGAUCUACGGAACGCAGACUGCGCGAGACAAUCACCGACUACGAACGCGCAACUCGCGUGUUGCUGGCACAGCUGCACUCGGUGCACUCGUCGCCGUUUACGAGUCUGCUCACCGAAACGCUGCAGCCGAUUCCAAAAGACGCUUUGCAUGCAGAUGCGUUGAUGCAGCACACAUGGCAUCACGGACUCGAACUGUGGAGAUGGGCAGAAUCGGCGUUUACCUCGCGUUCCUUUCCACCACGCCUAAUAGGCUUGCAUCACGAUCAGGGAGAAGCUCCGAUUCUCAUUCCCGGAUACGACAUCUUCAACCACGCCAGAGCACAUGCUGUCACCUGGUCCUUCUCCCGCCCCACCGAGCAAGCCGAGUGCGGGUCGGUCGAGAUGACGCUCAACUACGAGGUACCAGGCGCGCACCAAGUAUACAACAACUACGGCGGCAAGUCGAACGAGGAAUUUCUCUCAUCGUACGCAUUCACGCUCGACGAAACACACGAAGAUACGCUAGCACUCAAGCUCAGUGGCAGUGAGCAUGCAAAAACGCACUACUGGGUGCAAUCCGCCAAAGUGUCAACACACCACCACGUCGCUCAACAAGGUUUCCUCAAGGCUCCAUGUCCCUGUCCCACCCUGCUGCAAGAGCUACAGGAGCACAUACUGCAAGCUGAGGCUCCACCGAUCACCGAACACGAGCGCAUCGAUCUGUACGCACAUAUUCUGGAACUGCUCGAAUCGCUACUGCUCGCCAAGAGGAAAGCUUUCAGGGCAAGCCAGCGCGUUUUGGAUGCACUACCAGCCGCGCCUGAGCAUGCCAACUACCCACCGACCAAUACGUGGAUAAGAACCAAAGCAGACUCCAGAGUGAGAAGCUCGGUAUGCCAGAACGUCGCCCGCUACAGACACGGCCAAUGGCGUCUGUUGAACAGCGCGGUCCAGUGGACCAGGGACGAGCUGGAAAGAGUCGCCGACUGGUUGGAUGCGAUCCCAGAAGCCGCCGAGUGA